AUGUCUGAGAUAUUGGUGCUGCUUGUUGACAUAUUUUGCCAUUAUGUUGUAGAAUUUGUUAUUCCAAUUUGCAAUGCUAAGUUGAGGCUUUAUAAAGGUCAAAAAUUUUCUUCACUUAAGGAGAGAAUUUCCUUUUAUGAAAAGUAUGCUCAAGAGGCUCGUUUUAAUUGUCGAAGAUUUGGAAAUAGGUCUAGUGGUGGUGUUGUUGUUUUUCAAUAUGUUGUUUGCAACAGACAAGGUUUUCAUACAGUUGAUCCGUUGGAUGUCGAUAUAAGUAUAUCUGAGGAAGGGAAUGUGUCAGAUGAUGAAGAAAUAACUUCAAAGAAGAAACGCAUACGUGGCACAAAAAGGUGUGGAUGUGGAGCGGGGAUCAGUUUCAAGUUUUAUUCUAAUUCUGGUGUUAAAUAUUAUCUUGUGCAUCAAUUCAAUGAGGAAUACAAUCAUGCUAUGGUUGACAAAGAUCAUAAGCGCUUUAUGAAAGGAAAUCGCAGUAUGAAUGAUGUUCAUCACAAGUUUGUUGAAGAUUGCACCAAAGCUAACAUUGGUCCUAGUUCAACUUUCAACUUAUUAAAGGAGUUUUUUGGUGGUUAUGAUGUUGUUGGGUGUACGUUGAAUGAUGUUAGGAAUUGUUCUCGUGAUAUUAAAGAGAAACUGAAAGAAGUGGAUGUUCAAAUGAUGUUAAAUCAAAUGCAAGAGAAGAAGAGAAUUUGUGAAGGCUUUUUUUACAAAUAUCAAUUAUCACCUGAUGCUAAUAAGAUAGUGAGCUUAUUUUGGUUUGAUGCUGAGUCUCGGAAACAUUAA